AUGGAGGCCGAGGCGGCAGCGAUGGCAGAGAAGGCAGCUCUGCGCACCCCCAAGUGCUCCCGCUGCCGGAACCAUGGCUUUGUGGUGCCAGUCAAGGGCCAUACGGGCCACUGCCGCUGGAAGCUCUGCCCCUGCGACAAGUGUGCGCUCAUCACAGAGCGCCAGAAGAUCAUGGCGGCUCAGAAGGCGAUGCAGGGGCAGGACCCAGAUGCCCCACCCAGAGAGACGUCUCCGCCUGUGGCCUGCACCCCGGUUCAUGGGAAAGGUCGGAAGGUUCCUGCGGUUGGCCCCAGCACCUCUGAACACAGCAGCCACGUGGCCGGGUGUGAAGGAGCCAAGACCACCCCAGCAGCAAGCAGCAGAACCAGGACCCGCAGGGCACUACCUGCCCCCAGCUCCCCACUCUUCGGGGACUUUGCCCAUCCUGCUUUGCCUCAAGAAUGUGUUGUCAGCCCAGAAUACCUGGAGAGAGAACCUCCAAAACUGUAUCCUGGGUACUCUGGUAUGUACUCAUACCACCCAUUCCCCAUGGGUUUUGCCAUCAAUCAGCCCAGCUGCAGAGGAGCACCAGUGUCUCCGGGGAUCCCCCUUCAAAGAGGUUUCAGACAUGUCCCUAGCAACCAUGGACCAGGGAGUGCUGCUCCUCUGUCAAUGCAAGAUACAGGUGGAGAUUUCCAACAAGGUUACUACCCUACCCUUCCUCAGUUUAUACCUCCGGGCUUUCUGCCAGGGAUUCACUACAUUCCACCACCCCUUCCACUUCUGGCUGAAACACCCAAGGAACCAUCUGCUGGCACCACUGAUAGCCAGGAUUCUGGGGUGAUCUGUGAAUGCAGCCAGCCAUCUCCUCAGGAAGAAACCAAUGGAGACCAUGCCACGUAUUCUAAACACUAAAUGUAUGUACGUGUACUAGGGAACAGCUGCGGAGCAUGCAGCACUCUCUCUCAGAGAGAAUAUCAUUAGUUAAUCUUGGGCUAGAUUGACACUAGCCCUAAUGCAACCACACAGGGCAGAAGAGGGAAGUCCCCUACAUCACUUCACAGUUGCAUUAGGGCUACUAUAAACACAGUUCUGGCUCCCUUGCUGCGUACAGCCCCAGGGCUGCCAUUGCUCCACUGGCUCCUACCUUACCAACUGGCAAAGCUUUCCCAGGGUUACAGUGAAUUACUCCCUUCUGGAGCAA